AUGCCCGGCGCCCCCGCCCCGCCCGCCAAAUCCGCCCCUUCCCACGAGUCGAUCUCCCUCUGGCGACGGCAUGGGCCCGGCGUCAGCCGCCGGGCGGUUCCACUUGCCGGCUUUCGCGACCGGGCGCCGUCCGCCCGCCUGAUCGCAUCGAUCCCUCGCCGCGCUCCGGUCGCAUCUGCGGCGCCGGCGGCUGCCGACACGUCCAGCGGCAUAGUUGGCAGGCCGUGGAGAACGCGGGAUGUGCGGCUGGUGCUGGAAGAUGGGUCGGUUUGGAGGGGGUCCGGCUUUGGGGCGGCAGGGACAGAGGUGGGGGAGGUGGUUUUCAACACAUCAAUCACUGGGUACCAGGAGGUGAUGACGGACCCAAGCUACAGGGGCCAGUUCGUGUGCUUCACAUACCCCCACAUCGGCAACGUGGGUGUGAAUGCUGACGACUCCGAGUCCUCAGAGUGCCACCUGCGUGCUGUCAUCGUGCGUGACCUGUCCAUCUGUGUCUCCAACUACCGUGCUACACAGACUCUGGGGGAGUACUGCGCUGAGCGUGGUGUGAUCGGCAUCGCCGAUGUUGACACUCGGGCCCUGACAAAGAGGAUAAGGGAAAGCGGAUCUCUGGUAGGGGUGAUCAGCACUGAUGUUGCAGUCUCAGAUGAGGAGCUGCUGCAGAGGGCCAAGAACUGGACGAUCGUGGGGAAGGAUCUGCUGUCUGUUGUGUCGUGUACGGAGCCUUAUGAGUGGAGGGACACCACGGGGGAGGAAUGGGAGUUCAGCGAGGGUGUGAGGGAGGGCAAUGGGGCAGCUCAGUUUCAUGUGGUAGCUUAUGACUUUGGCAUCAAGCACAACAUCAUGCAACGACUGAAGGCCCAUGGCUGCAAGGUGACAGUUGUUCCAGCUGACUACCCUGCCAGCAAAGUCAUGGAGAUGGACCCAGAUGGCGUCUUCUUCAGCAACGGGCCUGGUGACCCCUCAGCAGCUCCUUAUGCUGUUGAAAACGCUUCAGAGGUCUUGGGAAAGGUGCCGGUGUUCGGUAUCUGCAUGGGACACCAAAUACUGGGCCAGGCCUUUGGCGGCUCCACAUUCAAGCUCAAGUUUGGCCACCAUGGUGCCAACCAUCCCAUAAGGAUCAUGGAUACAGGUCGAAUUGAGGUGAGCUCCCAGAACCACAACUUUGCGGUGGACCCAGAGACGCUGCCGCCUGGGGUGGAGGUGACACACAUUAACCUCAACGAUGGGACAUGUGCCGGGAUGGUGUAUGAGGAGAAGAAGGCGAUGACCAUACAGUACCACCCAGAAGCGUCGCCCGGUCCCCACGAUGCAGACGUGUGCUUCGAAAAGUUCGUGGAGAUGAUGAGGAGUGAAAAGCUGAAGGCGCGGUAA